AUGUCGACCCAGAAGGACCGCAUUGAGAAGUUGGAGACCGACGUGCAUGAGAUCCGUGCAUCUAUACAGAAUUUGGAACGAUCGUGGAAAGAAAUUUCUGAUCGAUCAGCAAAGGAGAAGGAGAGCCAAGAACGGUCAAUGCAGAUGAACAUCACCCGAGCAGUACAGGAGGCUUUGGCCACAUUUGCAAAGAAGCAAGGGGAACCACCGUACCAUCCAGAGAAGGAGAAGGAGAAGGAGAAGGAGGACAGUGCAGAGGGCUCUAAUCCGCGGUUUAGUCACCAUCGUGACCACCGAGGAGACGGGCAGCACUUUCGGCCUAUGAAGAUGGAAUUUCCUAAAUUCCGGGGAGAUGAUCCUAUCAUUUGGUUGGAUCGUAGCACUCAAUUCUUCGAGUUUCAAGCCACAGCAGAGGAGCAAAAGGUAACACUUGCAGCUUUUUAUUUGGAAGGUGAGGCAAACCAAUGGUGGCAGUGGGUAAAAAAGAUUUAUCAAGCGGAAGACAAACUUAUCACAUGGGCCAUCCUUGAGAAGGAAUUAUUGGCUAGGUUUGGUCCAACCGAGUAUGAAGACUAUGACGAGGCCCUAUCUCGUGUCAAACAGAAAGGCAGCCUGCGAGAAUAUCAGAAAGAGUUUGAAAAGUUGGCCAAUCGCGUGGUGGGAUGGCCACAAAAGGCGUUGAUCGGCACCUUCUUAGGCAGGUUAAAGGCCGACAUCUCGGCUGAUGUCCGAAAAUUCAAGCCACGAACACUCUGCGAGACCAUUGAAUUUGCGCGAAUGCGGGAGGAUGAGCUGGCCCAUUCGAAGAAGAGUCCAUACGCAGACACGUCAAAGUAUAACCCAAAGACAUCAUGGGGUAGCAGCACCACGUCAACAGUGAAUUCCAGUUCUAAAACUUCAGCACAACCAGCAGUAAAAAAAAUUUCAUGGGAAGAAAUGCAGAAGAGAAGGGAGAAAGGUUUAUGCUUCAACUGCAAUGAUAGGUAUGUACCAGGACACCGUUGUGCAGUCCCACAUGUGUUCAUCAUUGAAGCUGAUCCAGAGGAGGAAGUGGAACCUGAGAUUGAUGCUGAAGAAACAGAAGGGGGACAAGUUCCUCAAAUUUCACUCCAUGCUCUAACAGGUUAUACAGGACCCAAGACAAUGAGGGUCUCUGCUCAAAUAGGAGUUCGAAAAAUCCUAGUCCUUAUCGACAGUGGGUCUACCCACAAUUUUGUUGAUCACAAAAUUGCCAAAACACUUGGACUACCGAUCACUCCAACCACAGCAUUCUGGGUGACCGUAGCUAAUGGGGAGCACUUAUCAUGCAAGGAAAAGUAUGUAGAUGUGAAGUUACAGGUGCAGGGAUUGACCUUUACGGUGACCCUAUUUUCUCUUCCAUUAACAGGGCUGGAUGUUGUUUUGGGGGUCCAAUGGCUGGAAAAAUUGGGUCCAGUAGUGUGUGAUUGGGGACGUCUAUCCAUGACCAUCACGCGAGAUAACCGGCAGUUUGAAAUCUUGGCGUCAGCCGAGAAGCAGGGACAGGCCAUUAGCAAUUCUAUGCUAACCCGGGAAGUGCUCAAUGGGGGAGAAGUUUUUGCCAUUGCAGUCCGAACAAUCCAAGGGGCUGAAGCGUACCAACUUGCACCUGAAAUACGACGGAUACUCGCUGAUUUUCAGCAAGUUUUGGAGGAACCUAUAGCCUUACCGCCAGCUAGGGACUUCGAUCAUCGGAUUGCCCUUAAAGAAGGAGCGGGGCCUGUCAACGUCAGGCCUUAUAGGUACGCUCAUUUUUAG